UACGAUAGAAUUUUUUGCUGACCCAGCUGUCUUCUCUCCGGUUCCCUUCACCAACAGCAACGAUGUGCCGAUGACAAUUCGUUUCAUUCCAUUGACAAUUUUCAAAUAAAACCUUGAAAAAUUCAUCAUUCUCUGGUCUUUACUUUUCCAAUCUCUCUUCACAAGUAGCAAAGUUCGCGUAUUUUGGUUUCCUCUCCCAUUGGAUCUAGAUUUUUUCUCAUUCGAUAUUUAGAUUUCCGAGUUUGAAAGAGUGAAUUCGCAGUCUGCAGUUUAAGAUCUUCCGAUUUGCUUUGAAUUGGCGGAAUUGGGAUUUAGCUUAUGAGUCUUGAGCUUUACUAACGUCUGAGGAACUACAGAGGGAGGUGAUCAACUCGAAAUGGGCAUUUUUGAUGCGCUGCCUAUUUCCGCGGAUAAAACUUACUUGAAGGAGGACCUUUCAAGAGUAGAUGAAAGCUGGGCAGCUGCACGCUUCGAUUCCUUACCUCAUGUCGUCCAUAUCUUGACAUCAAAGGACAGAGAAGGUGAAGUAGAGAACUUGAAGUUACAAAGUGAAAUUGUUGAAGAAGUUGUGGAUGAAGUUGUGCAUGCAUACCAUGGUGGCUUCAACAAAGCAAUUCAAAACUAUUCCCAGAUCUUGCGGUUAUUUAGUGAAUCAACUGAAAGCAUUGCUAUAUUAAAGACUGAUUUGGAAGAUGCAAAGAAGCUUCUCGGCUCCCACAAUAAGCAAUUGCAUCAGUUGUGGUAUCGGUCAGUCACAUUGCGCCAUAUAAUCUCACUGCUAGAUCAAAUUGAGGGAAUAGCCAAGGUUCCAGCUCGAAUUGAGAAGCUUAUUUCUGAAAAGCAGUUUUAUGCUGCAGUACAAUUGCAUGCUCAGUCAACGUUGAUGCUUGAGAGAGAGGGUCUUCAAGCGGUUGGUGCUCUGCAAGAUGUUCGAUCUGAGUUAACAAAAUUGCGGGGAGCUCUGUUUUAUAAAGUUUUGGAGGAUCUUCAUAGCCAUCUUUAUAAUAAAGGGGAAUACAGCUCAGCUAUUACAAGCAUAUACCAAAAAGAUGAAGAUAUGCCGACAGCCACUACUGUUGCAUUUUCGGUGAACAGUUCACAGCCUCUGUCUCGAAGGACGAGGCUAUUAAAAGGUGACAAUCACAUUGGUGCUUCUGGACUUGGAGAUGGAUCUUAUAGACCAGGCUCUGUUGAUGGAAGUUCUUUUGAUGGUCGUGAUGAUGAGAGCACUUUGGAGAUGCUCGAUGGAGCUGCCUCGGAUGGGUAUAUUUCAUCUUCAAAAGCUAGUGGUGGUGAUGGUACCCUGAAGGAUGUAAAGUUUGUUUCUCGUCAAAUUCCACCAUGGCUAGCACACUCUAUGCCAAGUGAAUUUAUCGAAGCAAUAAAUAAAAGUGAUGCCCCACUGCAUGUGAAGUACUUACAGACAAUGGUUGAGUGCCUAUGCAUACUUGGCAAAGUUGCAGCUGCUGGUGCUAUAAUAUGUUUUUCUCAGUUCUGCCCAGAAAAUUGCAGAUUCUGUGAGAGUUUUCAGAAUCUGCUCAGGCCAAACCAGCCAUCAGUUUUGGAUGAGUUUUCAGAUUCUGCUGUCGUUUUUGUCUGCAGAGUUGAUCUCAUUCGCCAAGGAUGGAAUAGGAGGGGUCCAAAUGUAGUGCAAGAAGGUUAUGGGACUGCAGCUGUCCUUCCUGAACAUGGAAUAUAUCUGGCAGCUUCUGUAUAUCGACCUGUGCUUCAGUUUACUGAUAAGGUCACUUCAUUGCUGCCUCCUAAGUAUUCCCAGCUUGGGAAUGAUGGCUUGCUAACUUUUGUGGAGAAUUUCUUGAAGGAUCACUUCUUGCCUACAAUGUUUGUGGAUUAUCGGAAAGGCGUCCAGCAAGCUAUAGCAAGUCCUGCUGCAUUUAGACCACGAGCACAUCCUGCUUUUACGUACACUCCACUGAUUGAAAGGGGACGUCCUGUCUUACAAGGCUUGUUAGCUAUUGAUUUCUUGGCAAAGGAGCUUCUUGGUUGGGCACAAGCGAUGCCUAAAUAUGCUGGAGAACUUGUGAAGUAUGUGCAAACAUUCCUUGAACGAACAUAUGAAAGAUGCCGGACAGCUUACAUGGAGGCAGUUCUUGAGAAGCAGAGCUAUAUGCUCAUCGGAAGGCAUGAUGUCGAGAGUUUGAUGCGACUUGAUUCUGCCAGUGCAUUUUUGCCAAAUUCAUCCUGUCAGCCAAUCCUGGAAAACAAUUGUUCUGAUGCUGAAACUGUUGAAGUUGAGAUGGAAAUGAGUGAUCUAUUGUUGAGUUUGCGUCCGAUCAAGCAGGAGAAUCUUAUUCGUGACAAUAACAAACUCAUUUUAUUGGCGUCCCUUAGUGAUUCAUUGGAAUAUGUAGCAGACUCAAUUGAAAGGCUUGGACAAGCAUCCCUAAAACCUUCAAUUCAAGCAGAGCCAAACCCCAAGGAUAAAACACAUCACCAUACACGCAGUAGCAGUACACCUACUCGGGAUCUUGCGUCAUUUGCUGAUGAAUAUAGGAGACUGGCAAUUGAUUGCCUUAAAGUUCUACGUGUAGAGAUGCAGUUGGAGACAAUUUUCCACUUGCAGGAAAUGACCGAUAGGGAAUACUUGGAGGAUCAAGAUGCAGAAGAGCCAGAUGAUUUUAUUAUUUCACUUACUGCUCAGAUAACUCGUAGAGAUGAGGAGAUAGCACCGUUUGUCGCAGAAGUGAAGCGGAGUUAUAUUUUUGGUGGAACAUGUAGUGUUGCAGCCAAUGCAUCAAUUAAGGCUUUGGCAGAGAUGAAAUUGAUCAAUCUUUUUGGAGUUCAGCAGAUAUGUCGAAAUUCCAUUGCAUUGGAGCAGGCCCUUGCAGCUGUCCCUUCCAUUGACAGUGAGUCUGUCCAACAGAGAUUGGAUCGUGUCAGGACUUACUAUGAGCUCUUAAACAUGCCGUUUGAGGCUUUGCUCGCCUUCAUUACCGAGCAUGAGUACUUGUUUACAGUUGCCGAGUAUUCUAGUCUUCUGAAGGUCACAGUCCCAGGCAGAGAGAUUCCUGCUGAUUCUGCGGAACGCAUAAAAGAGAUAUUGUCCCAUUAGCCCUUCGAAGGUGGGUCGAUUUUGAUGUACAGGAUUUAAAGACACUGGUAAUCUAUGUCAGGGAGAUGGUAUGAACGUCGAGAGAUAUUAUCAUUCCUCUACUGGAUUAUGGGACCAGAAGCAGUAGGCAUGUCUGCAAGCUGCUGUUCUAGUAGUGCCACAAUCCACUCCAUUAAUUCUGCUGUUCAUCUCUUGUUGUGAGAGUGUUUAUGUUGUUUCGCUUUUGAUUUACAUUUUUCAUUUUGUUUUUCCAGCUUUUGAGAGCCCCUUUGUUGUAUCAUACUGUCAUAUCCUUCCCGUGUUGUUUAACAUAUUCAGAUACCUGAGUUGUGUUGAUGCAAUGUCUAUAUUAUGAAACCCUGAGCUGAGUUCCUUGGUUAGUAUGUAACUUAAAACAUUAUAAAUCCACGGGAAGCUCCCAAUUCCAAUUUUAAGUGCAGAGCUUUAAGAUGUAA